CAGGUUCCCUAGCACGCAUGCCCCGAGCUUGCCCCGAGCCUGCCCAAAGCUGACCCCUGGCCAUGGCCAUGUUCAAGCUCCUUGCAAUCACAUGGGCCGCUUCCACCUUGGGCCUUGAUUGCCAAGGUGAAGAUUGCGAGGGUUCGUCUCUUGCCCAACUUCAAGUCCAGCGGGCAGGGAUUCCUAAGACAUGCCAUCACCAGGGUCACGACUUUACGUGUGACUCUUGUCAGGGUUGCGCUGCUGGGCAAUGCAUUGGACUUACGUGUGAUGAGAAGUGUCAAAUGUCUUGCUCCCACGGGUAUUGCGUUGCUGGAACUUGCCACGCUCCAGCUUGCGCUAACUGGCCCGACUGUGGGGACAGAGACUCCUGCAACGGAUGCAAGAAGACCGUUAAUACUAAAGGUACCAGGGUUGAUGAUGGGCGACUAAAUUGCGGCGACAACUCAUGCUCGAACUCUACUUUUGAGUUGGCCACUGGUUCCAGACUUGGGCCAUAUAUUUAUUGUGUCAAUGGCGCUUGUCGCCAAUCCAGCUUUACGAAAUUGACCCACAUGGUUUGUGACACCGUCAGUGGGCCAGACAAUCCUGACACAUGCGGUGGCAGUUCAAUGGCAUUCUUCUCCCCGCAGUUCAAGGUGCCUCUCACGCUUUUGUGCGGCAUUCGGUCUUGCAGGGGGGUGUCCGUGACGGCCAGCAACAACCUGCGCCUUGUCGUGUUUCUGAACCCUGCCGGCGAUGUCCCAAAGAGCAUCGAAAUGUCAGAAGGCUGUUUGGUGCUGAAAUGCACCUGGGACAAGUGCGACCACCGAGUUCUCGAUCAAAUCGAUUUAAAGCUGGGAAGCAAGGCCAGCUGCGCAGCAGUGAAUUAUGGGGACGACAAAUUGCCUACCGCUUGCCGAGACAAGAAGGCUGUCUCUUGUGGGACAGACCUCAUGGCGUGAGAUCUUUACCCGACAGGCAGCAGCUCCGUUUUGAGCGCAGUAUUAGAUCCCUUUUUGAUCUUUGUUGCGUUCAUUGUUUGCAUGUUUUCAUACCUUCUGAGCGGAAGGCUGUAGCGCGCCGUGCUGCACAGUAGGCUUCCAGCGACAGCAUUGUGACCGAUGAGUAGCACUGUGGAAAGAGAUGGAAAGAGAUUGAAAAAUUACUCCGAUGGGUGGGCGUGCAUCAUUGGUCUUGGAUGUUUUACUGCCGGGGAAAGCAGUGAGCUGGAUAUGCUGUUGUAACUUGAUCACGAUUAUCUUGCUAGAAAUGCAUGUGAUUGAGUUUUGCUUUGCCCCAGUAUCCGCGAACUCAGGUGGCCCGAAUGUUUUUGGAUUGCACACCAUUCGUCCCGGUUCUCCGGAUUCAAUUUGCUCCCGCGUGUCUCCCAAUUCAAG